UUCCCUUUCUACCGAAAAUCAUAGAUUUCUUCGGUCUUCGAAACCCUAAUUUUUCUUUACAAAUGACCUCUAAGCGAUCCAAAGGCAUCAAAUCCCUCACGUCGCCUUCUCCCUCGAAGCGCCCGAGGACAUCUAACAACUCAGCUCCACUUUCAUGUUCCAGCUUCUCAUAAUCCCAUCAAACGACCCCGAACAAUCCUCCCAAAAGAGCUAGGGUAACCGCAAUGCCUUCGACUUUGUCGGAAUCAUCCCAAGCUCAUCUGUCACCACGCUCAGCUGCGGUGCAAACAGUUUGGGAUUACAACACUCCUCAUGAUACGGGAUAUGAUGUCCAAAAGUUGCUAAAAGCGGUCGCAUCCUUUCGUUUGAGGAACGGGAUUACGCCGAUGAUGCGUAGAACCAUACCUGACUUUUUGAAGGAGGUGAAGGAUUUUGUUCCUGAGGGUCUGUCGGAAAGGCGGCUCUUUUUGAAGCUCCGUGCUCUUCAGGAACGUUUCCGGAAUUUCCCUAGCCCUGGACCCAACUGCACAGAUUUCGAUCGGAGUUUCUAUGAACUAGGAUUGAAGGCAUGGAGAUCUCCCUUAUUAAGAGCCCGGAAAGCCAGUGGCUCUGUGAAGUGUAAUGAGAAGUCUGUUGGAAUGAAGAAUAAAAGUAAGGGUGCUGAGGAAAGUGAGAAUGAGGACGAUGAUGAUGCUCAACGGGAAACAGAGGAGAGCAUGGAGCUGGGCAUUGAUGAGGAAGAUGAGCCACUUGAAAAUGGUAAUGUCAAUUUGCCGGACCAAGAUGAAGCUGAUUCUCCUUAUAAGAAUUUAAAGCAUGCAUUGGAAGAUUUCUGGAUAGCAAAAAACCUUGACUUGAAUGUUUUGCAGCUUGCUCUGCAGAAGGUGGAUUCAGUUCAAGCUAAGUAUCUUGAUGAACAAUUUAUGGAGAUUGCAAAGGAUGAGCUUAGGUUGAAGGUUAAAAAAAAUAGUUGGAUAACAUCAAGGAUCAGCUGUAAGCCCAUAUCUUUUUGUGCUGGUUAUGGAUGGUUUACUCAAAACCAUGGUGAGGAAUAUCCAAGAGGUGGGGGAAGGCUAUUUGGUGGAGCUGCACAUAUUGGAGAAUGUUAAAUUGGAGGAUGUAGGGGACAUACCCCUCUCCAUAUAGCCAUUGAUCCAUCAAUUUCAUAUGGUGUUUCAGCCGCUUCAGGGAUUUCCUCCACCUCGGGAGCAAGAGCAUGCUAUUAUCUUGAGGGUAGGUGUGUCACCCAUCAACGUUAGGUCUUACAAAUAUCAUCAAUUUCAUAAGGAUGAAAUUGAGAAGUUGAUUAGAGAGAUGCUGGAGGCAGGAAUUAUCAGACCCAAUAUCAAUCCUUUUUCUAGUCCAGUGUUAAUGGUGAAGAAAAAAGAUGGCAGUUGUAGGUUUUUUGCGGACUAUAGGGCGAUCAACAAGGAAAUUGUACUACACAAGUUUCCUAUUCUAGUGAUUGUUGAACUAUUUGAUGAACUCAAUGGAACAGUAAUGUUCACCAAGAUAGAUCUGAAAUCAGGAUAUCAUUAGAUCGUAAUGAAGAAGGAAGAUGUGCCAAAAAUUGCUUUCAGGACUCAAGAGAGGCAUUGUGAGUCCCUGGUGAUGCCUAUUGGCCUCCGGCCACAUUUUAGUCACUCAUGAACAAGGUUUUUAGGCCCUAUCUCAGGCGAUUUGUUUUGGUGUUCUUUGAUAACAUCCUAGUUUAUAGCAGGAUAGAGGAGGAACAUUAGGAGCACUUGAGGGGGUGUUAGGGGUGCUGCAGGAACAUCAGCUGAGCGCCAACCUAAAGAAGUGUUGUUUUGCCCAGACCAGUAUGGAGUGUUUGGGCCAUAUUAUAUCCAAAGAGGGGGUGGCAACUGAUCAAUAAAAAAUUGAGGCUAUGUUGAGAUGACCAUUACUUAAGAAUUUGAAGGAGCUGAGGGGAUUCUUAGGAUUGACAGGACACUACAGGAGGUUCGUAAAUGGGUAUAGCACUAUCGCUUGACCACUAACAGAGUAGUUAAAGAAGGAUGAGUUCCUAUGGGGGAGGCAUCUACAACAAGUUUUGAGAGUUUGAAGAAAGCUAUGACCACUAUACCAGUCUUAGCUCUGUCAAACUUUUCUGACAGAUGCUUCAAGGUAUGGAUUGUGGGCAGUGCUCAUGUAGGAUCAUCGACACAUUGCCUACUUCAGCCAAGUGUUGAUAGCUAGAUCCCGAUUGAAAUCAGUUUAUGAGCGUGAGCUGAUGACUAUCAUAUUAGCCAUCCAGGAGUGGUGGCCCUACCUAUUAGGUAGUCAUUUCAUUGUCAGAACAAACCAGCGAAGCCUGAAGUACUUGAAGGAAUAAUAAAUGGUGAUAGAGGAGCAUCAUAGGUGGCUGUCCAAAUUGCUGGGAUAUGAUUUUGAAAUCCAAUACACAUCAGGAGUGUAGAACAAGGCGACAGAUGCCUUGUCCAGAUGUAUGGGAGAGUUGCAGGUGACAGCAGUAGCGAUCCCAUUGAUGUUAGAUUGAGAGACCAUCAAGGAGGAAAGUGCCAGAGAUGAGGAGUUGGGGAAAAAUCAUAGCUAAUUUACAAAAGGAAAGGAGUAGCCACCCGGGGUAUUCAUUGGAGGGGGAGACUAUUAUAUCAGGGAAGGUCUGUGAUGCCUAGAACAUCUGACCACAUUUCACACUUGCUCCAGGAGUUUCAUGGGAGUCACUUAGGGGUACAAAAGACAUGCAUGAGGCUAGUAUUAGAGUGCAUUGGAAGGGUUGCAUAAUGAUGUGGAGGAGAUGACAGUCAGUUGUGAGACAUGUCAGAGGAACAAGUGCAUGACCAUGUCUUCAGAUGGAUUACUACAGCUGUUAUCUUUACCAGGGAGGGUAUGUGAGGAGAUAUGUAUGGAUUUCAUUGACUGGCUUCCCCAAUUAGAAUGAUUUACAGUGAUCCUAGUGGUAGUUGAUUGAUUGAGUAAGUAUGCUCACUUCAUUUUCUUACGACACCCAUACACCGCAGUGAUAGUGGCCUCAACUUUUAUCAGAGAGGUGGUCAGACUGCAUGGAGUACCAGAGGCUAUAGUGCCCGACAGGGAUAAGAUGUUUCUCAGCCAUUUCUAGAGGGAUUCAGAUUACACGGGACAAUAUUGAAGAGGAGCACUGCCUACUACCCACAGAUAGAUAGCUAAACAGAAGUGGUCAACUAGAGCUUGGAGACUUACCUCAGAUGCUUUGUAUCAGAGACACCCAAGUUAUGGGCCAGGUGGUUAGCAUGGGUUGAGUAUUGGUACAAUACCUCUUAUCAUUAUGCUUCUCAGAUGACGCCUUUCAAGGUGUUUUACGUUAGGGAUCAACCUGACUUGGUGCACUUUGGGCAUAGCAUCUCUCCAAUUAAUCAGUGGAGUACUUGGAGGAGAGGGAUAGGGUGCUGGAUGAGUUGAAGAGGUAUUGAUGCAGCACACAUAUGAAAAUAUGAUUUAGAUAAGGAUUUUGCACGCUUGAUGAUUAAGAACAAGUUAACUAAAGCUUGAUGUUGAUUUAGACAAUGAAAUAAAACAAAAAAGCGAUAACAAAAGUUUAGGCCAAGUCACUUGCCAAAAGUAAAAACCACAUAACAAUCAAUUACUCUUGACAUUACAAACGAAAUGGGUUUCAACAAAAAAUCCCUAAUUUAACAAUAAGAGUAGUGCUAUGCAAGAUCUCUCACACAACUAAUAAAUACUAGGCUUUAGCGGGAAGAAUCAACACAACUUUUCAUGAGUCAAUUAAUAACUACAAUUGAGAGUGACUAAAAGAUAAAAGAGUAGGAGGAAAGUUCACCCAAAUAAACACAAUAAACAAGGCUUUGGUGUGGUGUUUAUAUGUUUGAGAGGAAGUAGACGACAACCUUUGAUUCUUCUCGAUGUCUUUGGACAGCAAUCUGAUUUUAAAACCAGCGGAACAGCAAUAACAGAUGGUUAGGAAUGCUGGACAACAACUUUGACACUUGGGAAAUUCUGGACAACAAUCUCCAACACUUGUAUAAACCUUGGGCAGCUGUUAUUAGGCUGUUGGAGGCGUUUGAACAGCAAUUUCAGACCUCCCAGGGUGCAGGACAGCAGUUGGUAACGGCAGGACAGCAAGACGAAAAUCUGGAAUUUCCUAGUCAAUGUGCAGAUUGUGCCCAGAAAUCUGGACAGCACACAUAAAUCCAGUAGAGGAAGAAAACCAAGAGGUGGAAGGCUUGGGGAAGACAGCUAGGGCUGAGGAGAGUUACAGGAUUGAUUGGGGAAUUAAUUUUAGGGAAAUUAAUGGGAUAGGAGAGAGGUAGGGGUGCGGCUAGAUGAUUGGAGCUUGAUUGGAUUCAAAUUAGGGAAGGGUUUUAAUGGGAAAGGAGAGGAAAAGGGGAAGGCUGGCCAUGCAUGAGAAAAUUAAUUGGGAUUUGAAUUCUUUCCAAUCAUUGGUGAUUAAAUUUGGAAAGAGAUUUAAAGGGAAACCUCUUAUUAAAUUCAGAUUUGGGAUAAUAUGAAAGUUUCCAAAUUGAAUGCUUCUUAAUUUAGGAAAGGAUUCAAAUUAAAAUAAAUUUGAAUUUGGAGUAUGAAAACUCUCCAAAUUUAAGAGGAUCUAAAUUAGGCAAGCUUCCAAUUCUUUCCUUAGAGGAGUCUUGGGAGAGAAAAGGAAGGUAGAUGGGAAAGGGGCCGACGACAUGGGGGGCCAAGGGAGAGUUUAUGGAAGCAUUUAAUACCUUCUUGAUUUAAGGAAUUAAAUUUGGGAAGAAAUAUGUCAUCCCAAUUUAAUUUAAAAUUCAAAUAGGAAUGGAUUUUGAAACUUUCCUAAAAUAGGAUUUAUAUUUUAGGUAAUAAUUUCAAAUUUUGUAAUUAUUUGAGUUACCUAAAAUAUGUAGAGCUAAUUUAGGAAAGUUGUAAUGGCAAUUGAUGAGGGAGGGGCAAGCAAAGUGGUGGUCGGUGGUUUGGAAUAGGAUUUGGUUAGGGUUUGUGGGUUGAAUGGUUUGGUGGUGGGAGUUGGUCGGCGACAAGGUGGAUUGUGGUUAGGGAAUCCGGUGGCUAGGAGGUUGGGGAUUGGAUGGGGAUGUUGGUGGCUUAAUGGGGACGGAGGCAGGGAAAGGAAAAGGAACGAAAGAAAGGUAAAGGAAGAAGAACCACGAACCCGACCGUCUCCAAGGUUGGUGGGUGAUUCGAUUUCUCUCCCUAGGGAUUUCUCUAAAGCUCUCUCCUAGAACUCUCACAACUUUUCAAAGAACACAUGUGCACGAAUUUUUUUAUAUUUCAUUCAUUAAUUCUCAAAGAAGAAGAGGGGGGCUUUAAAUAACCCAUACAAUGAGAAAAUAAAAAGUAUUACAAUGCCCCCUAGGACUUACACAUACUUAAGCCCUUAAGGGCAAAAAAGAAAAAAACAUAAUAAACUUUAUAAAAUAAAAAAAAAUAAUACAUCAAUCAUAAAUAUGAAAAUCAUAAGUAGCGUGAUGUAAUCGUGGCCGUUGAUUGACGACCAUGCCUCUAGUAUAUUUUUCCAUGUCUUGAUGUCCUCAUUAUUCUCCCGGGGUGGAAAAGAGCUCGACUCCGUCGAGUACGCAUCCCGGGUGCUCUCGUAGAAGUCUAGUGCAUCUGGGUCGAUGUGUUGAGGCUCCUUGCACUCUAACAAGGUGUCCUACGACUCGGGCUUUUCUCUCCACCUAAUCAAAUACCUUCAUUGACCAUUCUCUUUUGCAGAAAUAAUAUCAUCACUUAAAAUCAUGUCAAUCUUCUCUGCUAUAGGUAUUUUAGAAACAUUUAGGAAUUGAGGUAAGCUUGAGUUCUCACAAGGUACGGUCACAUAAGGCUCAAAUUGAAGUGGAUUUGGCGGGUUACACUCCAGAUCCUCAUAAGCAACAAGAUCUUCUAUGUUAAAGGAGGGAUUAAUGUCGAAUUCUGUAGGCAGAUCCACCCCGUAAGCAUUGUCGUUGAUUCUCAUGAUUAUUUUGAAUGGCCCCACACUUUUGGCAUGUAACUUCUUAACUGUUCCUUGUGGGAAUCAUUCCGGACGAAUCCACACCAUCACUGAGUCUCCAACCUCUAAGGUUUUAAAUCUUUGUUUAAAAUCAAUAAUAAGCUUAUAAUUAAUGUUGCUCUGCACCAUUUUGCUUGCAAUUUCCUUAUGUAAGUCAUGCAGAUGCAAUGCAAAUGAGAAUGCAAGAGACUCGGUGUGCAUGAUGAUUGACAUGGAUUGUGGACUUACACAAAGUUUUAAACGGAGGAAAAUUUUGGACGAAAACAGACACACACAUAUACUGACUCACAAACACACAUAGAUAUGGAUAAAGAUUGAUCAGUCACAAAAUGAGAGGACAUAAGAUUUUCAUGUUUAAGGGAACGAGUGUAGGAGAAUCAAUGAAGACAUCCUUAGCAAAAAGGGUAUUCUCAUAGGGAGUUUCAGCUAGGGUCAUGAAUAGUCUCCUAGGGGCAGCAGGGUAAUCUAGUAAAAUUAUCCAACUAAGAAAGAGAUAGUCCUUAACAAGAAAUAACAAGAAUAUGGAGGACAUAACGGAGGAAUCAUGAACAUGAUCAGACGAUGGUUCCUGACUCACAACCAUAAUGGGAUAGCCCAAGAAGUCACCAGUAGGUAUGAGACUCAAAAGAUAGGAUAGAGUGUCCAGAACAGAAGUGGGCACAAUAGAUAGAGAGGUGACAUUAAAGUAAGGGUUAAUACUCUCUCUAACAUUAAAGUCGGUACAAGGAAUGGUGAGAUAAGUCCAAUCAAGAUAGAUACACUCUUUCAAAUGUAAAUCUAAAGGAGCAACUCCUAAAAUAAACUCCAAUAAAACAAGAGGAUGCUCAUUUUCCAACUUAGGCUCAGAAUAAUUCAGAUUCAGUUUACUAUCUUCCAAAUUCAAUUUCAAUAUGCUCAAGGUCAGAUUAGUUUCUUUUGUGAUCAAAUUAAUAUCAUCCAGGCAGAUCUUAUCCCACGGGAUAUCCUUGAUGAGAUUAGGAUCAGGAUGGGCUAAGGUAUCAACAUUCAAAGGUUCUAAAUUUCCUACAUCAUGGUUUAAUUUAUGCAGGGAGUCUAAUUCAAUCAUUUCAGUUUCAUCCUCAAAGAAGUUCUCGUCAUCAAUGAUAUCAUUAGUAUCCACGAAAUGGAUGCACUUCGUUUCAGGUUCAAGGGACUUUUUCUUUAUAAUGCAUUUUUUGGUUGAAAUUACACUGGCAGGGUCAAAGACUGGAGAGGCCAAAGGUCGGGUAGCCUCAGAAUUCACAUUAAAUUGAAAGGUGGCAAGUCACUCACGAGGUGAGGUAAAUUGGGUUCCACCACGCUGAGAGGAUAUGUGCUCAAACAAGGGGGACUGAGAUGGCUAGGAGUCGGCCCAAGUGGGAAUUAUAUGGGACCGAUCCAACAGAAGACCCAAUAGAUGGUUGGCCAUCAAGGCUAGGUGAAGACCUGUAGGGUGGGGCAGCAACCCUGAUGCUAUUAAGGAAUAUGUGAUCUUGACCACAGUAAUGUCCACGGUUUGUCCCAACAAAAAAGGCAUGAUAGUGUUCUAGAUGAAGAUUACUGGGUGUUGGGGUAAGGGGAGUUGGAGGUGGGAGAGGGAGAUAUUUUAAUUCAAGUUCUUGUCUCAUGUUUUUCCAAUUAGAAGUAGGGUAUUCACCACCAGACUCUCUAUGAUCUUCUACCCUCAUCUAAAAUUGAGAAGCAUGACCGUUUAGGCGAGCCUUAGCAAUACUCACCCAGUGGGACUCAGGAAUAUCAUGUGUUUCAAAAUAGUAUUCUAACUGUCUAACCCAUUUCUUAAAGUAGUAAGGAUCCGAAGAACCAUCAAAGGUUGGUAGACGGUUAUGUGACUCUAAGUGAGGUUGUUGCGGCUUCGGCUUAGGACUAGGAUGAUAAGCUGAGUGAGUAAUCUUCUGACUAACAUGAUUGAACGAAUGGGGCACAUACCUAGAGUGGGGAGAGUCAACAUGUUUCUCUUUCAUGGUUUUAGUUAUAGAGCCCACUAGGUUAAUUAGGUCAUCUAACUUCUUUUGAAGUUUUAUCGGGUCCAUGGGAAGCGCUAAGUGUAACCUAAUGAAGAUUAUGUGCAAGGGACAACACAUAGAUACUAAGAAACUAGCCUAACAUUCAAUAGAUGUGUGCAUGAAUGAUUUAGACAGCAAACAUAACAGUAAGUUAAACUAGUUUAAAAGAUGAUAUGCAUGCAACAAAACAUAAAAAGGGUUACGAAUGCUCCUAGGAUGACUUCUAGCACAUGUAACGCAUGCUAGCCAUGCUCUGAUACUAGAUGAUGUAGGACACAUAUGAAAAUUUGAUUUAAAUAAGGAUUUUGCACGCUUGAUGAUUAAGAGCAAGUUAACUAAUGCUUGAUGUUGAUUUAGAUAAUGAAAUAAAACACAAGAGCGAUAACAAAAGCUUAGGCCAAGUCACUUGCAAAAAAUAAAAACCACAUAACAAUCAAUUACUCUUGACAUUACAAACGAAAUGGGCUUCAACAAGAAAUCUCUAAUCUAACAAUAAGAGUAGUGCUAUGCAAGAUCUCUCACACAACUCCUAAUAAUUACUAGACUUUUGCGGGAAGAAUCAACACAACUUUUCAUGAGUCAAUUAAUAACUUCAAUUGAGAGUGACUAAAUGAUAAAAGAGUAGGAGGAAAGUUCACUCAAAUAAACAUGAUAAACAAGGCUCCGGUGUGGUGUUUAUGUGCUUGAGAGGAAGUAGACAACAACCUUUGAUUCUUCUUGAUGUCUUUGGACAACAAUCUUAUUUUAAAACCAGAUGGUUACGAAUGCUGGACAGCAACUUUGACACUUGAGAAAUUCUGGACAGCAAUCUCCAACACUUGUAUAAACCUUGGGCAGCUGUUAUUAGGCUGUUGGAGGCGUUUGAACAGCAGUUUCAGACCUCCCAGGGUGCAGGACAUCAGUUGGUAACGGUAUGGACAGCAAGACGAAAAUCUGGAAUUUCCUAGGCAAUGUGCAGAUUGUGCCCAGAAAUCUGGACAUCACACAAAUCCAGUAGAUGAUGAAAGCCAAGAGGUGGAAGGCUUGGGGAAGACAGCUAGGGCUGAGGAGAGUUACGUGAUUGAUUGGGGAAUUAAUUUUAGGGAAAUUAAUGGAAUAGGAUAGAGGUAGGGGGGCGGCUAGAUGAUUGGAGCUUGAUUGGAUUCAAAUUAGGGAAGGGUUUUAAUGGGAAAGGGGAGGAAAAGGGGAAAGGCCGGCCAUGCAUGAGAAAAUUAAUUGGGAUUUGAAUUCUUUUCAAUCAUAGGUGAUUAAAUUUGGAAAGAGAUUUAAAGGGAAACCUCUAAUUAAAUUUAGAUUUUGGAUAAUAGGAAAGUUUCCAAAUUGAAUCCUUCUUAAUUUAUGAAAGGAUUCAAAUUCAAAGAAAUUUGAAUUUGGAGUUUGAAAAUUUUCCAAAUUUAAGAGGAUCUAAAUUAGGUAAGCUUCCAAUUAUUUCCUUAAAGGAGUCUUGGGAGAGAAAAGGAAGGUAGAUGGGAAAGGAGUCGGCGGCAUGGGGGGCCAAGGGAGAGUUUAUGGAAGCUUUUAACGCCUUCUUGAUUUAAGGAAUUAAAUUUGGGAAGAAAUAUCUCAUCCCAAUUUAAUUUAAAAUUCAAAUAGGAAGGGAUUUGAAAACUUUUCUAAAAUAGGAUUUAUAUUUUAGGUAAUAAUUUCAAAUUUUGUAAUUAUUUGAGUUACCUAAAAUAUGUAGAGCUAAUUUAGGAAAGUUGUAAUGGCAAUUGAUGAGGGAGGGGCAAGCAAAGUGGUGGCUGGCGAUUUGGAAUAGGGUUUGGUUAGGGUUUAUGGGUUGAAUAAUUUGGUGGUGGGAGUUGGCCGGCGACAAGGUGGAUUGUGGUUAGGGAAUCCGGCGGCUAGGAUGUUGGGAUUGGAUGGUCAUGUUGGUGGCUUAAUGUGGAAGGAGGACGGGAAAGGAAAAGGAAGAAGAACCAUGAACCGGCCGUCUUCAAGUUUGGUGGGUGAUCUGAUUUCCCUCCCUAGGGAUUUCUCCAAAAGCUCUCUCAUAGAACUCUCACAACUCUCCAAAGAACACAUGUGCAGGAAUUUUCUUAGAUUUCAUUCAUUAAUUCUCAAAGAAGAAGAGGGGGGCUUUAAAUAGCCCAUACAAUGAGAAAAUAAAAA